AAAAAUUGAAUCCCAAAAUCUACAGAGAGAGAAAUUUCACGGCUGAACGAGAAAGCAGCUAGAGAGAGAAAUCAUCGGAGCAAAUGGGGAAAGAUCUGAGCAACGAUCAAAUAUCCUCCAUGAAGGAGGCCUUCACUCUCUUCGAUACCGACGGUGACGGUAAGAUCGCCCCAUCGGAGCUAGGUAUCCUUAUGCGUUCACUCGGCGGCAACCCGACCCAAGCACAACUCAAAUCCAUAAUCGCCGAGGAGAAACUCAAUGCGCCUUUCGAUUUCAACCGUUUCCUUGAGCUUAUGUCCAAACACCUCAAGCCUGAGCCCUUUGAUCGCCAGCUCCGUGAUGCCUUUAAGGUCCUCGAUAAGGAUUGUACCGGUUAUGUUGUUGUUGCGGAUCUCAAGCAUAUCCUCACCAGUAUAGGUGAAAAGCUCGAGGCUUCGGAGUUCGAUGAGUGGAUCCGAGAAGUUGAUGUUGGAUCAGAUGGAAAGAUUAAGUACGAGGAAUUCAUUGCUAGGAUGGUUGCCAAGUGAUUUCUCCUGUGAGUUCUCAUACCGUUUACAAUUUCAAUUC